GGGAGAUGAACUUCUUCAAUUACCCCAAGCCAGUGAUCUUCAAUUUCCUUCUUUUUGGCUGGGUUCCGAGUUUUGUUCCUGUCUAUGUCUAUAUACAAUGCAUGUUUGUCUGCAACCUGCCAACAGCUGGCUCUCCUAAAUCUGCCCUCUGACUUGCCACUUCCUUCAAUUGGGGGUUUCACCUGCAAAUUUUCUGGACUGGGAAUUGAAUUUGUGAUGCAUGGAUUACUCUGUCUUCCCCUGUUAUUAAUUACACACCAUUGCUACUUCUCAAAGUUUUGGUUGUUUCCCCUUUUUGGGCAUUGGGUGCUUCUGCGUUGGUAGCUUUCCUGCUGCGGUAAUUUAGGGUAAAAUUCGCUGUCUUUGUAAGAAGAAGACUAGUAGCACCAGAAGCAAACAAAACAAAAAAAGAGGUGGGCACUGUACGCCAUGCUGUAUGAUUGCAAGUGGAAAACGAAACCUCCAUCAAGGAAAUGAAAGAGGGGGAAUGGUGAAUUUUUGGCGGUCAGCAAUUCACAAGAGUCCAAUUUUUUGAAUUGUGGAGCAAAUCACCAUUGAAAUUCUUCACUGCCCUUGCCCCUUGCCUCCUUUGUGUGAUUUUUAUUGGAGCUUAUCUCCUGCUUCAUCUUCCCUUGGCCUUUUCUGGGUGGGAGAGAGAGAGAGAGUUUGUUACUAUCCUCUUCUUGCUUACUGCUGCAGCAGCCUGACAUACACCCUCUGUUCUGCGAUACAAUUGUUAUUCUGCCAUCACUCACUCCACUUUCUUGCUGGAUGCCCCAAAUUUAGGAAUUUUCCAGAUCCAACUAUUGAGAAUUGUUCUAGAAAAUCAAGAACCGGGGCUGUGCUAGGGUGGGUAGGUUCCAAACUGCACCGCUUCGUGAAAAAGAUUUAUCUUGGAGGGUUUUUGUUCUUGGAGGUUGUGAGAUUCCGGAAGAGAGCUAGAUGACUGUGGAUGAAGUGGGUAGCAGCUCCUCCUCGUGGACUUUUGAGCAAGAUAAGGCAUUUGAGAAUGCUGUGGCAACUUAUGCAGAGGAUGAAGCGGAUCGAUUUGAGAAGAUUGCUGCAGAAGUCCCUGGGAAAACACUGGAAGAGGUUAAGCAUCACUACGAGAUUCUGGUCGAGGAUGUUGAACAGAUUGAAUCUGGUUGUGUGCCUUUACCCAACUAUAAUUCUUCCUCUGAGGGUUCGAGCCAGGCUGGUGAUGAAGGAACUGGGAAGAAAGGUGGCCCUGGAGGGCAUAACAACAGUGAGUCCAGUCAAGGGAACAAGGGUUCAAGGUCAGAUCAGGAACGCCGUAAGGGAAUUGCUUGGACAGAAGAUGAGCAUAGGUUAUUCCUUCUCGGGUUGGAAAAAUAUGGGAAAGGAGACUGGAGAAGCAUAUCCCGGAACUACGUGGUAACAAGGACGCCUACCCAAGUGGCCAGCCAUGCUCAGAAGUACUUCAUCCGGCUAAACUCGAUAAACAAGGACCGAAGGCGUUCGAGCAUUCAUGACAUCACGAGCGUGAACAAUGGCGAGAUUGCAGCAGCCCAAGGACCGAUAACCGGGCAAGCAAACGGCAAUCCUGCUGGUGGCAGCGGCGGAGUAGGGCCUUCAGGGAAAGCUGGUAAACAACCGUCUCAGCAUCACCCUGGUGGGGGGCCUCCAGGGGUAGGGAUCUAUGGUCCUCCAACAAUAGGACAGCCCAUCGGAGGGCCAUUGGUAUCGGCAGUUGGGACACCCGUGAAUUUACCUGCGCCAGCACACAUGGCAUAUGGAGUUAGAGCGCCGGUGCCUGGGACGGUGGUCCCUGGGGCACCGAUGAACAUGGGUGGGAUGGCUUAUCCGAUGCCGCCGACGAGUGCUCAUAGGUGAUGUACAAUACAAACACAGAGCGAGGAUGUUAGCACAGAUGAGUUUAUUAUGGUUUUCAUUAAGUUAGAUGGAAGGGAAGUUGUCCAUUGUAGGGGUUGAAUAAGAACUCUUAUCUUAUAGUGGAAGCAAGCAGAAUGCUGUGAUUUUACUCAGUUUCGUUUAAUUCGUCGAUGGUAGGGGGGGAUUAUGCUUCAUGCAAACAGGUGUGGAGCUGCAGCAGCUUUUAGAAGGCGAUGAUGCUGAUAAAUUCUGGGAAGCUGGUUAGGGAGAGAGGGCAGCAGUGGUAGCAAGCAAUUGUGUUGUGGUUUUAUUUUUGUUCUUGGUUUUUCUUUUUCUUUCCCAAUCCUUGCUUUGGGGUAAACUUAUAGUUAGUGGGUAUCAGACAGAGACAGACCAACCAUUUUAGAAGCAGCAGGUGCAGGAGUAGUGAAAUAGAUCUGUCUGUAUUAUUCCUUGGGAUGGAAAGAAGGGAGUUGUAAAGAAGCCAUUUUUAGUAUUCUGAGCAGCAUAGGCUGGUGGCAGUGGCUGGCAGGCACAUAUUAUGCAUUUAUAUUACUACAACUCUUCUAGCCCUUGAUCAAUCAAAUCAUUUCCCUUAUACUUCA